AUGAGAAAACUCGCAGUAUCAUUAGUACAAACUUUUCUCCUGCUGACCCUGUUCGGUCUCCUGAUCUUGCAGGAACUACACAAUCAACCUCUGAUCGACAGGCUGCAUGACAGUCUGCGUUUUGCCACAAAUGGACUCAAUCGAACAGCCACUGCAUUCAGCACCUUGACUGAGCCAGUUCAGCCUCUGGCCUCGCCAUUGAGCUCGAUACCUCCAUCUACCGAAGCAAACUUGACCCAAGCCGAAGCUCAACAUCUUGAGGAGGUUGAUCACCUCACCCCUACAUCCCUCCCUGCUCUCGUCCAGGUGCAGGAGCCUCAGGUCAUGCAGAUCGAUUGCAAAGACAGAGUGGCGGAUGGCGAUUCGUUCAAUAAGGCUAGAAGCUAUGUCGACUCAAUCAUGAAUCGUGGUAAUGGAGACCUGCCUCAGCUACAGUGCCCUUCGGUGAACGCCAGCAGAUACCUCAGUCUCCAUAAUGCAGUCUCCUCUAAUUCAAAACCGAGGUUUUACUUUGCAAUGAAUCUUCAUCAAUCAGCUCAUAUCCUUCCACAACUUCUUGGGGCUAUUGUAGAGAUCGUUCGGCUUCUCGGUCCCCACGUCUGCGUCAUCUCUGUGGUAGAAGGCAGAUCAACCGAUGGAACGUUUGAAAUCUUGAAGAGCUUGGCAAAAGAGAUGGAACAUCUAGGAGUGUCCUACUUCCUGUCUUGCAACGAGCUGCAGCCUGGUGGAGAGGGCAUGGAACGUAUUUCCACCCUGGCGGAACUGCGUAACAGAGCUCUCUGGCCUUUGACCCAGCGUUCACAGUCGUAUGACCCAUCAACCACGAUUGUCUUUCUGAAUGACAUUGCACCAUGUGCCGAAGACAUCUUGGAACUGAUUUAUCAGCGAACACUCCUGAAAGCAGACAUGACCUGUGGCAUGGAUUGGUACAAUUUGGAGGACGGCGGCACCUUCUACGACUCGUGGAUCGGAAGACAGAUGAACGGCGAGACCUUCUUUGAGGUGCCUCAGAGUACGUCCUGGGAUUUUUCCAAGAAUCUGUUCUGGAACCACGAGACAAGCAAAUCACGGUAUCUGCAGGGGCAGCCCGUACAAGUCUUCUCCUGCUGGAACGGUGCUGUGGCUCUUACUGCCAGACCUUUCCUGGAGGGAAAGAUCCGGUUCAGGACUGAGAUAGAGGAGGAGUGUCACCUCGGAGAACCAGUUCACCUGGCCAAGGAUCUAUGGAGGCUUGGCCAUGGCAAAAUUGCGGUGAUCCCGAGUGUCAAUGUUGGCUAUUCGGUGGAUGACUCGAGGAAGGCCAAAGAGGCACAUGGAUGGGUGACCAAUAUGACAGAUGGGGAAUCCAUUGAGUUGAGAGAGAUUGAUUGGCAACAAAAGCCACCAGGUCAGAUCAAAUGCUUGGGGACUUGGGAUCGUCCCUCGUGGGAGCCUUUCGACAUUUAUGAAUGA